UCUGAAAGGGGAGGGGGGAAGGAGGGGGCAGCGUUCGCUGCUGGAUCGCUUAUCUGAGAUCUCAAAGUCCGCCUUUCGCCCGUGCGCUCUCCCCUCUCCGCGGACCUGCCAUGGAUGUUACUCCUGGAUAUGCAUUCUUCAUUAUUUUACUUCACUUUCAGCACGCAGAUACUCUUUACAUCGCCAACAGUAUAGAUUCCCUGCAGCAUGUCCUGAGGGAGUACGGGCUAGUGAGGCCGGUGAGCGUGGAUGCAGACGGACGCUUCCUCUCCCACGCCAUCUCUGCCAGCCGGUUGAGUGGGCAGGGGUCCCACCGGCGCAGGAGGAGGCAGGCCAAUCAGCAUGAAGAGGCCAAUGAGGAGACGAACUCUGAGCAGGACCACCUGAGGCACAAGGAGACACUCUUUUAUAACGUCACUGUUUUCGGACAGGAGUUUCACCUUCGCCUCAGGCUAAAUUCCAGGCUCGUGGCCCCAGGAGCCAAAGUGGAGUGGCUUGAGGACGAUAACCAAACACACUCUGAGCCCUUGUUGCCCAGUGACUGUUUAUAUGUGGGUUAUGUUACCAAUGUGCAGGAUACAUCAGUGGCUAUCAGCAAUUGCGAUGGCCUGGCGGGGAUGAUCCGUGCAGGUCAAGAGGAGUUUUUUAUCGAGCCACUGGAGAGAGGAGGCGACAUGACAGGAGAGGAGGAAGGAGGACCCGGGCGUCAUCACAUCGUCUACCGCUCCUCUGACAUCAAGAAGCCGGCCGUCAAUCAGCCCGCUGACUUUCACCCCAGAGGUUCCCCUUUGGGUGGUCUGGCUGGACUGGAGUAUUUACCCCACCAUGUUAAGAAGAAAAUGAAGAGCAAUACACGAGCACGCAGAGAGACAUAUGAGGAUGAGAUCUUUAACAUCGAGGUUCUGUUGGGGGUGGACUGCUCUGUGGUGAUGUUUCACGGCAGAGAGCACAUCCAGAAGUACCUCCUGACCCUCAUGAAUAUUGUGAAUGAAAUUUAUCAGGACAGCUCCCUGGGUGCCCAUAUUAAUGUUGUCCUGGUUAGAAUCAUGAUGCUCUGCUCCUCCAAGUCCAUGGGUUUGAUUGAGCUGGGCAACGCCUCUCAGAGUCUGGAGAACGUCUGUCGCUGGGCCUUCCUGCAGCAGAAAGAGGACAAGAAUGAUGCAGAAUACCACGAUCAUGCCAUUUUCCUCACCAGGCAGGAGUUUGGGCCCACUGGCAUGCAGGGUUAUGCUCCUGUGACUGGAAUGUGUCACCCUGUGAGAAGUUGCACUCUGAACCAUGAGGAUGGCUUCUCCUCUGCUUUUGUUGUAGCCCAUGAGACAGGACAUGUAUUGGGGAUGGAGCAUGAUGGCCAGGCGAAUGAGUGCGGGGAUGAGGUUCCCAUGGGCAGUAUCAUGGCUCCUCUGGUUCAAGCAGCCUUCCACCGCUUUCACUGGUCCCGAUGCAGUCAACAGGAGCUCAGGCGAUACCUCAAUACAUAUGACUGUCUUCGUGAUGACCCUUUUGAUCAUGAGUGGCCAACUCUGCCCCAGCUGCCUGGUCUGCAUUACUCUAUGAAUGAACAGUGCCGCUUUGACUUUGGCAUGGGCUACAUGAUGUGCACUGCGUACAGCACCUACGAUCCUUGCAAGCAGCUGUGGUGCAGCCACCCCGAGAACCCUUUCUUCUGCAAGACUAAGAAGGGCCCUCCUAUCGACGGGACCAAGUGUGCAACAGAAAAGCACUGUUUUAAGGGUCACUGUAUCAAGUUGACACCAGACAUUCUUAGGCAGGAUGGCCACUGGGGUCAGUGGACCAAGUUUGGUUCCUGUUCUCGGACCUGUGGUGGUGGAGUACAGUUCCGCACUCGAGAGUGUAACAACCCAAUUCCGGCCAAUGGGGGGCGCACUUGUUAUGGAAACAACUAUGAGUUCCAGCUCUGUAACAUGGAGGAGUGUGCAAAGGCCCUGGCUGACUUCAGAGAGGAGCAGUGCAAGAUGUGGAACCCCCACUUUGAGCAUGAAGGCACCAAACACCAUUGGCUGCCCUACGAGCACCCUGAACCUGAAGAGAGAUGUCAACUAUACUGCCAGUCAAAAGAGACCGGAGACGUGGUGUCCAUGAAGAGAAUGGUGCAUGACGGCACACGUUGUUCCUACAAAGACCCUUACAGCGUGUGUGUGCGUGGGGAGUGUGAGAAAGUGGGCUGUGACAAUGUUAUAGCCUCGGAGCUAGAGGAUGAUAAGUGUGGUGUGUGUGGAGGAGACAACUCCACCUGCAAGAUUGUCAAAGGAAACUUCACCCGCAGCACAAGGAAACCAGGUUUUCUGAAGAUCCUGGAGAUUCCUAGAGGAGCACGCCACAUACAGAUCCGUGAAUUCAAAGGAACUCCACAUAUUCUAGCGGUGAAGAACCAGGCCACAGAUCAUCUUUUCCUGAACGACGAGGGCGAUUUUCCUGAGUCACGUACAGUAAUCGAGAAAGGUGUGGCGUGGGAGUAUGCUAACAAUGAUGACAUGGAGACAGUGCAGACCACUGGACCACUCAAAUAUGGAGUUCUCAUAAUGGUUCAUUCUCAGAGCAUUUCUAAAGUCACGCUUUCAUACAAAUACAUCCUGCCAGAAGACCCGCUUUCAUCAAUGGAGAACACCCUGCCUCAGGAUGACACAAUUUACUUUGAGUGGGCUCUCAGGAAGUGGUCGCACUGUUCCAAGCCAUGUGGCGGAGGGAAACAGUACACACGUUUUGGAUGCCGGAGGAAGUCGGAUGGCAAAAUGGUACACCGCACACUCUGCGCCAACAUACCCAAACCCCGCGCCAUCAGUCGAGCCUGCAACCAGAAGGAGUGCUCAGAACCAAUCUGGGUGACAGGAGAAUGGGAGGAGUGCAGUAAAUCAUGUGGUAAGACCGGUUCUCAGACUCGACCUGUGCGCUGUGUGAGGCCUGAACUGGACGGUACAUACAAAGCCAUCAACGCCAAAUAUUGCAACGACGACCGGCCUGAAGGACGACGACCCUGUAAUCGUCACCUAUGCCCCGCACAGUGGAGAACUGGACCUUGGUCUCAGUGCUCAGUGACUUGUGGUAAUGGGACUCAGGAGCGGCAGGUCAUGUGCAGCACCCCUGAUAACGCCAUCGGCAUCUGCAUGGACACCAAACCUGAGAACAUCAGACCAUGUCUGCUGACACCGUGUCCAAAUGACAGAGGGAACUUCCUCAUCCAGUGGCUCUCCAGAGCAGACCCCGAGUUCCCAGCGCCCAAGAUCUCCUCAAGUAAACGGCCCGUCUCCAGUCCUCAACCUGCUGUGUGCUGCAUGGCCGCUCUUUCCUGGACCCUGCCUCUCUCUCUUACGCUAUGGCUCUGUUACACUCUACCUUGAGCACUUUUCUGUCCCUCUCAGAUUCUUAACAUUUCCUUCGUUCGAGGGAAUUCUGCGGGCUGUUUCUUUCCCCUGCCCCUGGUCUUCUGCAGGGCUGAGGGCUAAACACGGCCUAAAAUUGCAUUGAAAUAGGGCAGUAGGUGCCUGUGCGGAAGGGGCCUUGUUUUUAGAAGCCAUGAUGGUUGUGCUACGUCAGGUAAUAUGGAAAUGACUGUUGUGACGACUUCCAGGGUGAAUCAUUCAACAAACUUUAUGAAACAAACUCCUGUGUGAGGGAGUUGGUCCGGUACCGCCAGUGACUGGAGCAUUUCAGUCAAUUUGUCAAUUCAAUACAUAUACAAUAUGAGCAUAAAGAAUAUAUCACUAAAAUGGCAAUGUGGGCCAUAAUCUUAAUUUAUUUUGACUGUUAAAUGUCAUGUAUUUUUGUAUAUAUUUUCUUGAAAAAUGUCUUAAGAACUGAGAUGGAAUCAUGAAAAGAAACUUUUAUGGAGAUGUUUCAUUCUUUUUUUACCCAUUUUCUUUGUUCUAUAUGAUGAGAAUGGUAAGAUGGAGCACGCUUUAACACUCACAUUUUAUUUUACAAAUCGGUUGCGUGUCGGCGUUUGAUGUCGUAUCGAAAGAUAAAAAAUACCUCAUGCUUCUGCGUAAUUUCUCACAUCAGUCAUUUUUGCCUUUGGUUGAAGGGACACGAGUUUACGUUUGCAUGCCCACUGAAUUUCGAAAAGAGGCAGCUAAAGAAAAGAACAAAGAAUAUGGAUGUUUACAGCUAAGGGAGUGAAGAUAGUUGCUGCUCCUCAGAUCUUCGAUUAUAUCACAGUCUUUCACUGCUGUAUGAUUGCGAGUCUGUGGAAAGACAAAGCUUUAGCGAUGCAGGCCUUUUUUAAACUAUACAGCAAUUAUGUGUAUAUAUUAAAUGAUGUUGAACAUACUUAGUAACAUUAAUAACAUAUUCAAUGACUGUUAUCUCUUACACCAGUAACAAAAGUAAUAUAUUGUAUUUAUCUAUGUAUUUUGACCUUACAGGCCAGGUUUCCUUGCCUAAUGAUUUGAGAUACAUAUAUAGUAUAUAUCAUGAUGAAAAGAGUAUUUAAAGUUACAAUGAAAUUUUAAAGGAUUAUAAAGUGUCUGCCUGUAUGUAUGUGUGUGUGUGUGAGAGAGAGAGAGACAGAGAGACAGGGGCCCUGUUGUUUUUUAAUAAGAAUGGCUGUACAUCUGAGUAACUGAAAGAAAUAUAACAGGGUCCAGGAAAUAAUCCUCCUUUAUUUAAACACACAAGACUUCGAUACAAGCUUUACAAUAAAAAGCACCAACGGUAGCAUUUGUUUUCGACUGUUCUUCCAGCAUGUUUCUGGAAUUACAUAUUCAGACCACCUCACAUCUGGACACAUUAAUUAAAGUAAUUAAAAGUGGUUUAAAUUGAUAUCAAAUAGGGUGUUGAAGGCAGCAUGUGGCCUGUAGUCAGAUCUCUGCUGAAUGCUGGCCUCUGUAGGUCUUAUUUGUCAUGGCUCUUUCAUUCCAGAGUGUAGCAUUUGAUAACAUUACAGUGCGUGCGGUUACGUUAUGUGAUUGUUUAAAUGUAAUCCAGGAUGUGCCAUUUUUCCAUUUUUUUUUUUUUAUAACUAUAAUCCUCAAAAUUGUCAGUUUUUCAAUGGAUUUGAUGGUGUUGAAAUGUUUUACCAAAGUGUUUACUAAACUGUGAAUGGUGUGACAUUUCAAAGCAGUUUACAUUGUACUGAGAAAAGUUGUACGUGUUGUCUUGUAUAUGCUCUAUAUUUGACAGGAAGUCUCUAUGUAACUGUGGUUUCUUGUCGGCUGUGUUUAUGGGAAUAAAGGGUCAAGUAAUAUAUUGAAUACUUAAACCCUCUGAAUAUGUGCUCUUGCUCUAUAAUUUCAUGUUGUGUUUUGCUUAGUGUGACUAACUGUAUGCUUUGCACCCUUUUCCUCAUUUCCUGGUGUUCUGCUUCUUUCAUUAUUUUCUUUACAUUAUUAUUAUAUUAUAAUAUUUUUAUGUUUAUUUUAGGGCUGUCAAGCGAUUAAAAUAUUUAAUGUAAUUAAUUACACAAUGUAGCGAUUAAUCUAAUUAAUUGCAAAUUAAUAGCAUGUCAAAUUUGACUGAGAAAUUACCCCCAAAAGAUCAUCAAAGAGACAUUACAAAAAGUAGCUUUAGAAAGAAAUGAUUGAGUAAAUGAUAACGGAAGUUUCAUUUUUGGGUAAACUAUCCCUUUAAUGUUUUUUUUUUUUUUUUACUAUUAAGAUGGAAAUAUGAUCAUCAUUUUAUGAAGUGAUACUCUAAAAAAGAAUCUAAAACUGCCAGUAGGUGGCGGUAAAUGUCUUAAUGAGUGAGACAGUGAGUCAUUCAUUCAUUCGAUUCGUUUGAAGGGCUGAUUCAUUCAGGAAUGAAGUACAUGGCGCUCUUUGGCACUGUCCCAAAUGGCACACUUAAAUGCACUUUCGGUCUUGUGGACUUACAAUGGCCCCUGCGUGCGCGUGUCAGUUAAGUCCACAAGACCGUAGGGUGCCCCAUUCGUCAUUUAAGCUUAAAGAAGGAUGCUCGUGAGCGCCCCCUCUGCGGCUGCUAUGCGCCCUCGAUGCGCACUUCUGCUGAGCCCGCAAGACUGUGGCCCUGUCCCAAAUGGCACACUUCUAUGCACUUUCGGUCUUGUGGACUUACAAUGGCUGCCGCGCGCGCGUGUCCGUUAAGUCCACGAGACCGUAUAUAUUACAUAUUUUAAAUUUGCUUGCUUUACAUAUCCUAUUUUUUAUUUUUUUUUAUUUCUCAAUAUUGUAUUGAUGCUACUAACUCCACACUAAGUCUCUUGUUGGUUCAUUU